AUGCACGGAACUUCUAUGUCAAGCCCGCGCUAUUCUGCCUUGCCGGGGAAGACAAGCGGGAUUGAACUUUGGGAUCUUUCCCGGUCGGCCGCCUACGCCGAAGAGGAAGAAGAAGAAGAAGAAAAUGGAGAUGAAAACAACUUUGAGAUCCAGUCAGAUGGAGCAGACGCACUGGAUGGCGAUACCAUAGUGCCCGAGGGAGGGGAGGUCCAGGAAGACAAAUUUUCCCCCUUCCAGGACAUGCAUCAUGACCAGAACCCUAUAUUUACAUUCCGGGCAUUACUCGUUGGAUGUCUGUGCGGAGCACUGGUCAACGCUUCUAAUAUAUAUCUUGGUCUGAAAGCUGGCUGGACGACCUCCGCCAACAUUUUCGGAUCAAUUGUGGGAUUUGCUGUCCUUCGAUCCUGGACGAAGUACACUGGCGACAGCAACUUUGGCCCCCAUGAGAAUAAUAUCGUCCAAACCGCUGCCACGGCGGCCGGAGGUUUGUCGAAUGUCUUUGUAUCAGCCAUCCCUGCGCUAUAUCAGCUGGAGCUCCUCUCUGUCCCAGCAAAAGAUUUCUUUCGAAUUGUAACAUUGACUGCCGUAGGAGGCUAUUUUGGUCUCUUGUCUAUUGCGCCACUGCGGAACUUCUUCUUGGUCCAGGUUGCCCGAGAACUUAAUCUCAUUUUCCCAUCGUCCUCUGCUACUGCUACCACUAUCCGUAGUAUGCAUCAAGCUGCCAGUGGGGCAUCAAUGGCACGGCAGAAACUUGCUGCUCUGCUCUAUGCGUUUGUUUUUGCCGUGUUUUUGCGUAUUGCAUCUCAAUAUGCCAUUGGCAUUCUCUGGGACUGGCAUGUAUUUACCUGGCUGGUUGAAAGUGGCUUUUUUGUUGAAUUGGCCAUGUCAAUGGAAAGCUGGCGCUGGUUUGUUGAAUGGACGCCAGCUUUCAUCGGGUCUGGGAUGCUUGUGGGAAUCAAUGUUGCAAUCUCUUUUACCGCAGGGUCUGUUAUUGCAUGGGGUGUCAUCGGACCAUAUUUGGUAAGCCAUGGAAUGGCCUUUGGAGAGCCUGCAUCCACAAACCCCAAGUGGUCGAACUUAAUGUCAUACUCGUCUCUGUCGAAGAACUUCGCAACCGCAUCUAACCCAAGUCCUCGGUACUGGCUUCUAUGGCCAGGAGUGAUUACGAUGGCAGCAGUUGCACUUACCGAACUUGCAUGUCAAUGGCGAGUGUUUUGGAUUAUUUCUCGAGACUUUACUAAAGCAAUUAGCGGCAAGGUGCUGAGCUUGCGACAGAGCAACUAUCGCUAUACUCCUUUAACAGAAAAGGAAGAGGACGAUGUUGUCAAUUCCAAAGACAGUAUCAGACUCUGGAUGUGGCUACCGGGUCUGAUUGUAAUUAUCAUUGUGGCCUGUCCUGCCCUGAAGUUUCAGUUUGGCAUGGGGGUUUCAGAAUCGCUGUUGGCUCUCCUGUUAGCAUUUGUACUGUCCCUUAUGGCUAUCCAAGCGACUGGAGCAACCGAUACUACACCACUUAGUGUCCUUUCCAAAGUAUCUCAAGUUACUUUGAGCAGCACAACUGGGCAUCACAUCAUUCAAAAUUCCCAGCGCCUGAAUCUUCUAGGCGGCGCUCUAACAAAUAUCGGUGCAAGCCAAGCUUGUGAUCUCAUGGGCGAUUUCCGAGUUGGAUACCUCUUGGGCACAUCUUCUCGGCUUCAAUACACAACGCAGUUAAUAGGAACUCUCUUUGCCACUUUUUUCGCACCAUCCAUAUUCCUCAUGUUCGCAACCGCCUACCCGUGCAUCCUAUCCGCCGAAAACAACCUCUCGGAUUCCAACAGCAACAGCAACAGCAACAACACUGCUGCUGCCUCAAACACCUGUGAAUUUGCAUCUCCGUCCAUCGCCGCCUGGCGUGCCGUAGCUGUAGCUGCCACCGAACCCAUUCUACCCAUUCCAUACUCCUCUCUCGUAUUUUCCCUCAUAAUGGCCGUAAUCGGUGUUCUGAUGGUCAUCCUCCGACACAACGUGUGGGUAGGGAGAUGGGAGUGGUUGCGUGCGUACCAUCCUAACCUUAUGAUCUUAGCCAUGGCUUUUACGUUGCCGUCGCCACAGUAUGGGAUUGCCAUGUUUAUUGGCGCACUGGUGGCGGCCGCUUGGACAUGGAAGUCUCCGUCGGGUUUUGAGGCGUUUGGGUAUGCGGUUGCAGCAGGGUUUAUGGCUGGGGAGGGGAUUGGAGGGACCAUUAAUGCGAUGCUUUCUGUGUUGGGAUUUGGAGGGGAGAGGUUGGGAACAAGGGUUGGAUGUCCUGCUGGGAGAUGUUGA